CCGUAGUGCGGCAAUUGGCGUGCUGGUUUCCUUGUCGUCCCGGUGGUGUGGGUUUCACCUAGGAAACGGAAUGGCGCUUCUGUGUUACAACCGCGGCUGCGGCCAGCGUUUCGACCCCGAGGCUAACGCAGACGAUGCUUGCACAUACCACCCAGGUGUACCUGUAUUUCAUGAUGCCCUGAAGGGUUGGUCUUGCUGUAAGAGAAGAACAACUGAUUUUUCUGACUUCCUAAGCAUUGUAGGCUGUACAAAAGGUAGGCAUAACAGUGAGAAGCCACCUGAACCAGUCAAGCCUGAAGUCAAGACUACAGAGAAGAAGGAACUGUCUGAAUUAAAACCCAAAUUUCAGGAACAUAUCAUUCAAGCCCCUAAACCAGUUGAAGCAAUAAAAAGGCCAAGCCCAGAUGAGCCAAUGACAAACUUGGAAUUAAAAAUAUCUGCUUCCCUCAAACAAGCACUUGAUAAACUUAAACUGUCAUCAGGGACUGAAGAAGAUAAGAAAGAAGAAGACAGUGAUGAAAUUAAGAUUGGGACUUCUUGUAAAAAUGGAGGGUGUUCAAAGACAUACCAGGGUCUACAGAGUUUAGACGAAGUCUGUGUAUAUCAUUCUGGAGUACCUAUUUUCCAUGAGGGGAUGAAAUAUUGGAGCUGUUGUAGAAGAAAAACCUCAGAUUUUAAUACAUUCUUAGCCCAAGAAGGCUGUACAAAAGGGAAACACGUGUGGACUAAAAAAGAUGCAGGGAAAAAAGUUGUUCCAUGUAGACAUGACUGGCAUCAAACUGGGGGUGAAGUUACCAUCUCAGUGUAUGCUAAAAAUUCACUGCCAGAGCUCAGCCAAGUAGAAGCAAAUAGUACACUGUUAAAUGUUCACAUUGUAUUUGAAGGAGAGAAGGAAUUUCAUCAAAAUGUGAAACUAUGGGGUGUGAUUGAUGUUAAACGGAGUUAUGUAACCAUGACUGCAACAAAGAUUGAGAUCACUAUGAGAAAGGCAGAGCCCAUGCAGUGGGCAAGUCUUGAACUGCCCACAGCCAAAAAGCAGGAGAAACAAAAAGAAGAUAUUGCAGAUUGAUGAGAAGAGAAACAGAAAUCUCUUGUUUGUUUUAGAAUUCUUAAUUCUUAUGUGUGGGUGAAGUAGUAGCUUGCUGCUGUAAUCUUUUUGUUGUUCUUAAUCUUCCAUUUUAGGGUUAUCAUGAGGUUCUUCAAAGCCAAAGUCUGUUCGUUUGUUUGUUUGUGCCUCUUAUCUUCCUUUUGAGUUCUGUAAGAUGAUUAUUCAAGUGUCCUCACUAGCAGAAACAUAGUUGUUACCCAACAUGAAGGGAGGAAAAGAACUCAUGAGCAUAUUUCUAGUAUAUCUUAGUAUAAAUUAUUAUAAGCAGAGAAAUAAAAGGGUGUUUUUUUUUUUGUCCUGAUAUCGCUGUUACCCUUAAAUGGUAAAGCAAGGUGUAAUAUAAAAAAUUUAAUUGGCCUUUCCAUGAACUUUUGUUACUGUAAUUCUUGAAUAUCUUUAAGGAAAAAAUUUAUUUGUUUCCCCUAUGAGGUGGUUACUUCCUGUAGUACUAACCUUGAAGCAGUGUAGUCACCAUCUGUGGGUACUGCUAACAGAUUCAUUUGCAAUCAAUUUAAUGUCAGAAGGUUACAUUAAUGCCUAUAGUAUUUGUCAAGCAGUAUAAUUUAAGACUAUAGAAAAUAUAUCUAAGAAGUAUCAAUUUGGUUAAAACUCAUCAUUUCAUAAGAGUAAGCAAUAAUGUUUUUUAAAAAGUCUCUUUUUUAAUUAUUUAAAGGUGUUUUGUGGUGUGUUAACUAAAUUUUGUCUAAUUUAUAGUCUAAAUCCUCUUAGGGAUGAUAUCUAUCCCAGAUGAAAACUAUCUGUAAAAUUGUGACCGUGUAGCUUUGUUGAAAUAUAUUAAGAUAUAUAUGUGUGAGGCUUGAAUGUGGAAUGCCCCUGCAGGCUUUUUUGAGCUGUUGAUCCCCCAACUUAUGGCUCUAUUUUGAAGGCUGUAGAACAACCUUUAGGAUGUUGGGCCUGGUUGGGCUCUCUGGAGGUGAGCCUUUAAGGAUUCUACACCCUUGCCGGCUUGCCUCCAGUCAGGGCAUGUGAACCACCUCUGUCCCGUGCUCUCAGUGCUGCCGUCACAGCCAUUAUAAACUGUAUCCUCUGAAACUGUGAGCCAAAAUAAACUUUUCCUCCCUUGA